AUGAGCUACGGGCGACCAGGUCGCUACGGCGACAUUGGCCUGCAAGAGCACGAGGACGAAGAUCCACACAACCCAUUCAUGGACCCGCGCAGACAGUCGCCCGAACGAUACCAAACGCCCGCAUACCAACUCGACGAUCGACCAUAUACUCACCAUGAGCCGCUCUCGAUACCCGUUGGUCCAGGCCCGUUCGGUCCGCAGGACAGGCUGCAACCGCAACCUACAUACUCCGUAGAGAAUAUGCCAAACACAUUCGGACACAGCGAGGCAUAUGAUGAUGUACAUCAGCAUGCCUACACGCCCGACCCAUACCAGACCGCGCACCAUGGCGCAGGAGAGUACGGCUUGAGCCCACACCACGAGCAUCCCCCGGGAUACGGAUAUGAGGGUGGGCAGGACUUUGAGCAGCCGCAGCACCCUUACUACCAGGAUGAGCCAGACACAAGACCCAUCCUCCAGGCGGGAACAAGCUACGGUCCAGACCCGACCAACGUCGGAGGCCCAUCACAAGAACCAGCAGGCCAAGAUCUGGAGCAAGGCUUCGCAGACGUGCAGCCUCCGCCCAAUGUGCGCAUUCGCAGGUGGAAGACGGUGAAAGAGGUGCAACUGUACAACGGCAACCUAGUGCUUGAUUGUCCUAUACCCCCACGGCUGUUGAAUCAGGUCCAGCAUGCGCAGCCACCGGAGAGAGACGAGUUCACGCAUAUGCGCUACUCGGCAGCAACGUGUGAUCCUUCGGAGUUUUCCGACAAGCGUUUCACACUCCGCCAGAGACUGUUUGCCAAGCCACGGCACACGGAGCUGUUCAUAGUCAUUACCAUGUACAAUGAGGAGGACGAGCUACUUGCGCGAACUUUGAUAGGCGUGAUCAAAAACAUCGAGUAUAUGAAUUCGCGGACGAGUAGCAAGACGUGGGGCAAGGAGGCGUGGAAGAAGAUCGUGGUAUGCAUCGUCAGCGACGGACGCGCCAAGAUUAAUCCGCGUACGAAGGCAGUGCUUGCGGCAAUGGGUAUAUACCAAGACGGCAUUGCCAAGCAGCAGGUCAACGGUCAGGACGUAACAGCACACAUCUACGAGUACACCACGCAAAUGAAUCUGGAGAUCAAGAAAGGCAUAGUCAACGUCAAGAAGGGCAACACACCGAUGCAAGUCCUCUUCUGCUUGAAGGAGAUCAACCAGAAGAAAAUCAACAGCCACAGAUGGUUCUUCCAAGCCUUCGGCGAAGUCCUACAACCCAACAUCUGCGUGCUCAUCGAUGCCGGUACCCGGCCGGGUAAGAGCAGCAUCUACCAUCUCUGGAAAGCGUUUGAUCGCGAGCCCAUGUGCGCCGGUGCUUGCGGCGAGAUCAAAGCCAUGCUGGAGCACGGCAAGAACCUCAUCAAUCCACUCGUCGCAGCGCAGAACUUUGAGUACAAAAUGAGCAAUAUCCUUGACAAGCCGCUCGAGAGCGCCUUUGGCUUCAUCUCCGUUCUACCGGGUGCCUUUUCGGCGUAUAGGUUUGUGGCGCUACAGAACGACAAGACUGGUGCCGGACCGCUGGAGAAGUACUUUGCCGGCGAGAAGAUGCACGGUUCGAAUGCUGGCAUCUUCACGGCGAAUAUGUAUCUGGCCGAGGAUCGUAUCCUCUGCUUCGAGCUCGUGUCGAAGCGGAAUUGCUCGUGGAUCCUGCAGUACGUCCAGUCGGCGAAGGGCGAGACGGACGUGCCGGAGGGGAUGGCCGAGUUCAUCUUGCAACGACGACGCUGGCUGAACGGCUCCUUCUUCGCGGCUGUAUACGCCCUGGUGCACUUCUACCAGAUCCACCGAAGCCAUCACUCGGCUGUACGAAAAUUUAUGUUCUACGUCGAGUUCAUCUACCAGGCUGUCAGCAUGAUCUUCGCCUGGUUCGCGAUUGGGAAUUUCUUCCUCGUCUUCCGCAUCCUCACCACUUCGCUUGCCGACAAGGAUCUCCUCGGCACGGCCGGGCUCGUCCUGGCGGUCUGCUUCGAAUGGCUGUACUUGGCUUGUCUGAUGACCUGUUUCGUGCUCGCGCUCGGCAACCGUCCCGCCGGAAGUGGCCGCUUUUACAUGACCCAGGUCGUCUUCUGGGCCAUCCUCAUGGCCUACCUCCUCUUCGCCUCCGUCUUCAUCACGGUCAAGAGCGUGCAAGAAAAGGUGCGCGAGGGCGGCUUCACCUUCGCCAAACUCUUCACCGAUCGCCUCUUCUUCACCCUCAUCAUCAGCAUGUGCUCGACGUGGCUAUUAUACCUAGUGACAAGCAUCAUCUUCCUCGACCCCUGGCACAUGUUCACCUCCUUCAUCCAAUACCUCCUCCUCACGCCCACCUACAUCAACAUCCUCAACGUCUACGCCUUCUGCAACACCCACGAUGUUAGCUGGGGUACUAAAGGCGACGACAAAGCCGAGAAACUCCCCUCCGCCAACGUCAAACCGGGCGGCAAAGUGGAUGUGGUCAUCCCCACCGACGACGCAGAUCUAAACUCCCAAUACGAAACCGAACUCCGCACCUUCAGCACAAGAUUCCAGAAGGAAAAAGCGGUCAUCGACGACAAGACGAAGCACGAGGAUUACUACAAGGGAUUUCGCUCGGCGGUGGUGUUGGCGUGGAUGUUUUGCAAUCUGGGUCUGGCGGCGGUGGUGCUGAAUGCGGGUGGGUUGCAGAAUGUCGGCCCGAACACGGAUACGGCUGAGCAGCGACGGGCGACGAUCUACAUGGGCGUGGUGUUGUAUAGUGUUGCUGUCCUCGCGGCAAUACGGUUUGUGGGCGCUUGUUGGUUUACGGUCGUUAGGUUGUUUAGGGGGGUGUGA